UGACAACUUACUCCGCUCUCUCGUUCAAUCUCCCUCUCUCGUUCAAUCUCUCUCUCUCUUUCUCUUUCCCUCUCUUUCUCUUUCCCUCUCUCUCUCUCUUGCUGAUCGUUACUUCCCAAUUAAAUAACAUUAACAAAUUCGGACCUUCUGAUAAAAAUCUUUUCUUCCAAUCAUUCCACUAAUUUCAAUUCACCUUUUUUCUAUCCGACCUUUUUUCUCCCUCCCUCUUCCGAUUUCAUCCUCCUCUACUUUUUCUCUUUACACAGUUUCUCGACAUCAACUUACCCAUCCUCUUAUUCCUCUUCUUUAAGAAGGUAAUAUAACAGUUCCUAAUCAUUAAGAUCUUCCAAUCAUAGGAAUUCUUUCAAUAUUCGACCAGGUCGCGUCGUUUAUCCCCCAGAAUUUGUUACUUACUUACUUUACUUAUUACUUCAACAAAUCUUAAACCAGCAAUUGAGGUGAUUUAUCUGCCACUUUAGUUUUCACACCGUGGUCGCUAUAGCCAUGGCACAUUUGGCCGGACAUCAUGGCCCCCCUCUUCAUGAUACAACAGGUGCCCAAUCGAGCAAUAACUCAUCCGAUACACCGCCAAAUCACUUAAAGGCUAACAUUGAACCUGGUCAAUUCGACGAAAAAAAUGGUGGCAUUGAAAACUCUACUCCUGGUGCUACCAAACAUGAGGAAGAGGAAGAAGAAGAUGAGGACAUGGAUGCACUGAUCGAUGAACUCGAAUCUCAAGAUGGUCAUGCUGAAGAUGAAGAGGCCGAGGAAGAAAAUGGUCCUGCUCAAGAACGUCCGGUUCCAGAAGAUUUACUUCAAACAGAUACUCGCAUUGGUCUUACAGAUGCUGAGGUUCAAGUUCGUCGUAAGAAAUGGGGUUUGAAUCAAAUGAAGGAAGAGAAAGAGAAUUUAUUCCUCAAGUUCCUUGGAUACUUUGUCGGUCCUAUUCAAUUUGUUAUGGAGGUACGUUGACACAAAGUUCUUACCAUCAUCCUUCCAUCCCCCGCACCCCACUGUUUUUGCGCAUUGUCGAUCUGCAUGGAUCCCCACAGAUCAUCUAGUGUUGAAGGCCACACGGCCUUCGAUUCGAGACAUCCGAAUGGAGUAGCUCAAAAUUUCUUCUAAUGUAAUAGCACCAAGACAUCCUUGCUAAUUGAACAAAUUUAAAUAGGCUGCUGCUGUCCUUGCUGCAGGUCUACAAGAUUGGGUCGAUUUUGGUGUCAUCUGCGCACUUCUCCUCCUCAAUGCCACCGUCGGUUUUGUUCAAGAAUUCCAAGCAGGUUCCAUUGUCGAUGAACUGAAAAAGACUCUUGCUCUGAAAGCUGUCGUUCUUCGUGAUGGUCGUCUAUAUGAGAUUGAAGCUCCUGAAGUUGUCCCCGGUGAUAUCCUUCAAAUCGAAGAAGUAGGUUGAUGCAUUAACCCAGUUCCCCGAUAGAUGCUUAUAUUUUCUCAUAGGGUACCAUUAUUCCUGCCGAUGGUCGUAUUGUUACCGAUGAUGCUUUCCUUCAAGUCGAUCAGUCUGCCAUAACUGGAGAAUCUCUUGCCGUCGAUAAACAUAAGGGUGAUACAUGUUAUGCAUCUUCUGGUGUCAAGCGCGGCGAAGCUUUCAUGGUCAUUACUGCCACCGGAGAUCAUACAUUUGUUGGACGUGCAGCAGCUUUGGUCAAUCAAGCUUCUGCAGGAACUGGUCAUUUCACAGAGGUCUUGAAUGGUAUCGGCACGGUACUCUUGAUCCUGGUUAUCUUCACCAACUUGGUUGUCUGGAUCUCCUCAUUCUAUCGCUCGAACCCAAUCGUUCUUAUUCUUGAGUAUACUCUAGCCAUCACGAUCAUUGGGGUCCCUGUCGGUCUCCCUGCUGUCGUCACUACUACCAUGGCUGUCGGUGCCGCAUAUUUGGCCAAGAAGAAAGCUAUCGUCCAAAAAUUGUCCGCUAUUGAGUCACUCGCAGGCGUCGAAAUUCUUUGCUCGGAUAAGACUGGUACAUUGACCAAGAACAAGCUCUCUCUCGCCGAGCCAUUUACUGUUCCAGGCGUUGAACCUGAUGAUCUUAUGUUGACUGCUUGUCUUGCUGCCUCCAGGAAGAAGAAGGGUAUCGAUGCCAUCGAUAAGGCUUUCUUAAAAUCUCUUCGUUACUACCCACGCGCCAAGUCCGUGCUGUCCAAGUACAAAGUCCUUGAGUUCCAUCCUUUCGAUCCUGUUUCCAAGAAAGUUCAAGCUGUUGUCGAGUCGCCCCAAGGAGAAAAGAUUAUCUGCGUCAAGGGAGCUCCACUCUUUGUUUUGAAAACUGUUGAAGAAGACCAUCCAAUUCCUGAUGAGAUCGACCAAGCUUAUAAGAACAAAGUUGCUGAAUUUGCGACUCGUGGCUUUCGUUCUCUCGGUGUCGCACGAAAGCGCGGUGAGGGUCAAUGGGAGAUUUUGGGUAUUAUGCCUUGCUCUGAUCCACCACGUCAUGAUACCGCACGUACUAUCAACGAGGCCAAAACUCUAGGUCUUUCCAUCAAGAUGUUAACUGGUGAUGCUGUCGGUAUCGCUCGUGAAACUUCUAGACAACUUGGACUUGGCACUAACGUUUACAACGCUGAACGUCUUGGUCUUGGUGGAGGAGGAGAUAUGCCUGGUUCCGAGGUCUAUGAUUUUGUCGAGGCCGCUGAUGGAUUUGCUGAGGUUUUCCCGCAACAUAAAUACAAUGUUGUUGAAAUUCUUCAACAGCGUGGAUAUCUUGUGGCUAUGACCGGAGAUGGUGUUAAUGAUGCCCCAUCACUCAAGAAGGCCGAUACUGGUAUCGCUGUGGAAGGUGCUUCAGAUGCAGCUCGUUCAGCAGCUGAUAUCGUCUUCUUGGCUCCUGGACUUGGUGCUAUUAUCGACGCUCUCAAGACAUCUCGACAAAUUUUCCAUCGCAUGUACGCCUACGUUGUUUAUCGUAUUGCCUUGUCAAUCCAUCUUGAAAUUUUCCUUGGUCUCUGGAUCGCCAUAUUGAAUAGGUCCCUCAACAUUGAACUUGUCGUCUUCAUUGCCAUUUUUGCGGAUGUUGCAACUCUUGCUAUUGCAUAUGAUAAUGCGCCUUUCUCCAAGACUCCUGUCAAGUGGAACCUUCCAAAAUUGUGGGGUAUGUCCGUUCUCCUUGGAGUUGUUCUCGCCAUCGGCACUUGGAUUACUCUCACCACCAUGAUUGCUCGCGGAGAAAAUGGUGGUAUCGUUCAAAACUUUGGUGUCCUUGAUGAGGUUGUCUUCCUCGAGAUCUCUCUCACUGAAAAUUGGUUGAUUUUUAUCACACGUGCCAAUGGUCCUUUCUGGUCAUCACUUCCUUCCUGGCAAUUGACUGGAGCUAUCCUCGUUGUCGAUAUCAUUGCAACAUUUUUCACCCUCUUUGGUUUCUUCGUCGGGGGUAGAACUUCGAUUGUUGCCGUUGUCCGUAUUUGGGUAUUCUCCUUUGGCGUUUUCUGUAUCAUGGGUGGAGUCUAUUAUCUACUCCAAGAUAGCUCUGGCUUUGACAACCUCAUGCAUGGUAAAUCACCAAAGAAGAAUCAAAAACAAAGAUCUCUGGAAGAUUUUGGUAAGUGGAGAUCCCUGACUCUUAUGUCAUUUUUUGAGAACAAAGCGCUAACUUAUACCUCUUUAGUCGUCUCACUCCAGCGUGUCUCUACACAACACGAGAAGUCGGCUUAAAACUUUAAACUCAUAAUUUACAGGCGCACAUGAAUUACGGAGCGUGCAGCUUUUACGGAUAUUCCCUCGUGUUAUUAAUUAUUAGGUAGUUCGUGUGUAUAAAACUUCAGACGGGCUCAUAGGUGUCAAAAACUGCUUGCUAUUUUCGCGCUAAAAAGUUCAAAUUGCUACUUUGCUGGGAAAAAAAAUUCGUGGUUUGUUCUCUCAAAUGGGGGCAACAGCGGUAACUUUUGGCACAAGAAGAUUGGAGCAGGCA